AUGCACAUCCCAAUUGCGAACACAACAACCCCGGCAUUCCGGAGAGUAUUUUCCGGUUUGUUGAGGCGACCACCGUGGGUUUGCUCGACGUGUCAAAUUCGUAGCAACCGCAACCGACGGUCCAUUGCCACCCAGACACCUACCCAAAAGCCUUACUACAUCACCACGCCUAUAUUCUAUGUCAAUGCCGCCCCCCAUGUCGGCCAUUUGUAUACUAUGGUCCUUGCGGACGUUAUCAAGCGCUGGCAUGUACUCAAGGGAGAGAAGGCGAUCUUGUGUACAGGAACAGAUGAACACGGCUUGAAGGUACAAAGGGCAGCAGCAAAGGCAGGUGUUGAUCCAAAGCUAUUCUGCGAUCAAGGUGCCGAGAUCUUCAAAGAACUUGCGGAGAAAGCGGAGAUCACAAAUGACCAUUUUGUACGAACGACGGACCGGGAACACAAGAAUGCUGUGGAAUAUGCAUGGUAUCUGUUGCAAGAAAAAGGUCUCAUAUACGAGCUAAAGCACGAGGGCUGGUAUUCGGUCACAGACGAAUGCUUUUACCCACAGUCUGCUGUGAAGCUAUACCUUGACCCGCCUACAGGACGAAAGAUAAUGACUUCAAUUGAAACGGGGAGCGAAGUCGAGUGGUCCUCUGAAGAGAACUAUCACUUUCGCCUUUCGGCCUUCCGCGACCAUCUGCUAGAGUUCUUCAAGAGCAAUCCUGAAUGGAUAACCCCAGCGCACCGUAUGAAAGAGGUUGUGGAAUCUGUCGAGUCAGGCCUAGAGGAUCUGUCAAUAUCUCGGCCGUAUGAUCGACUCUCGUGGGGAAUUCGGGUUCCUGGAGACGAUUCGCAGACCAUCUACGUAUGGCUUGACGCGCUCAUGAACUACGCCACAAAAGCAGGCUACCCAUGGACUCCGGGCCAUGAAAAAGCUGGAGGCUGGCCCGCUGAUUGUCACGUCAUUGGAAAAGACAUUGUCCGGUUCCAUUGCAUAUACUGGCCAGCAUUUCUCAUGGCGCUUGGGCUCCCCCUGCCGAAGAAGAUACUCACACAUGCGCACUGGACUCUUGGAGGUUCGAAGAUGUCCAAGUCGACUGGCAGAGUCGUUGAUCCAUUUCACGCUCUCAAUCGAUUUGGGUCAGAUGUCAUGCGUUUCUACAUGGCUCGCGAAGGUGGCAUACAAGAUGAUGCUAGCUAUGACAACAUCCGCAUCGUUAGCAUGUACACCAACUUUCUGAACCAGCAAGUUGGCAACCUCGCUUCCCGUGUGACAAGAGGGAAGAAGUGGAACGUACGGGGCGCUAUCGAGCGCAUUGGCGGAAGGCCAAAAGAAGAGUGGGAAGAAGGUCCAGGCUCCAAGUUUUACAACAACUCUCUUGCCACUAUCGCCUCGGAAGUGGAUGCGUCGUUCAACGCUUACGAUCCGCGCAAAGCGGCAGCCCUGAUUUGCGACUUCGUACGAGGAUCAAACCAGUUCUUCCAACUGUCGAAGCCGUGGGGGAAAGUUUUGAACUUUGCUCCUGGUGAGCCUGGUGAGGAGGUAGAUAAGAUUGUCUAUCUUGCAUCUGAAGCACUUCGUAUCACGGGCAUUCUCCUUCAGCCGUAUAUGCCGAAUAAAGCGAGUGAGCUGCUCGACCAACUGGGCGUACAACCUGAUCAGAGAACACUGGAGUACUGCAAACCUGGUGCUGAUCUGGACUAUGGAAUCCCAUUGGUGGACCUGGGCGUAGCGCACAAGGGCGUGCUCUUCCCACCUCUUCCAAGCGAAGAGUAG